GCGCGCGCCCGACGAACCGCGGCCCCGAGUCUGGUCCUGGCUCAGUUUUUCUUUCCCUUCGAAGGAGGCGCCUUUUCCGGCGGCUUUGCGGCAAAAGGGGCUUAGAAUCAAAAAGGAGGCCCGUCCUUCCCUUCAUCCGACGGUCCUCGCUUCCGGUGCUGGCCUCGGCGGCGAUGAGAUGGUGGAUGUUGAUGUUUGUGCUGGUGGGGAUAGCACAAGAAGAAAAAUGGAUGCUCUAACAGAUAGCGCAGCGGAGAUCGUUCCAUUGGAACUCUAUGAUUCGGCCCGAGCAAAAAUAGCUGCUAAUCUACAGUGGAUCUGUGCAAAAGCCUAUGGAAUUGAUAACAUCCCAGAGGAGCUGAAAGACCCAUUUUAUAUAGACCAGUAUGAGCAGGAACACAUUAAACCACCUGUCAUCAAGCUGUUACUGUCCAGCGAACUCUACUGCCGUGUCUGCAGCCUAAUUUUGAAAGGGGAUCAGGUGGCCGCUCUGCAGGGACACCAGUCGGUCAUCCAGGCUCUGUCUCGGAAAGGGAUUUACGUCAUGGAGACCGAUGACACACCUGUGGCUGAAUCAGACCUCAGCUCCGCGCCUAUCAAGAUGAGUCCUCACAUGGCAAUGAUUGAUGCUCUCAUGAUGGCCUACACUGUGGAAAUGAUCAGCAUUGAAAAAGUGGUUGCAAGUGUCAAAUGUUUUUCUACAUUUAGUGCCUCAAAGGAAUUGCCCUAUGAUCUGGAAGAUGCAAUGAUAUUCUGGAUUAAUAAGGUGAACCUAAAAAUGAGAGAGAUAACAGAAAAAGAGAUAAAACUGAAGCAGCAGUUGCUGGAAAGCCCUGGUCAUCAAAAGUCUCCUUCCAAAUGGUAUUGGAAAUUAGUACCUGUACGUUAUCGUCGAGAUCACCUUUCAUGUAGGCAGUUGCCAUUCUUCCCGUUGCUUGAAGAUCUGAUGAAGGACUGCAGUGAUGGGGCUGCUUUACUGGCUGUAAUACAUUACUACUGCCCUGAACAAAUGAAGCUAGAUGAAAUAUGUCUGAAAGAGGUAACGUCAAUUGCUGACAGCAUCUAUAACAUUCAGCUGCUUCGGGAAUUCUCUAACGAAUAUCUGAACAAAUGCUUUUACCUCACAUUGGAGGACAUGCUCUAUGCACCUUUAGUUCUAAAGCCCAACGUCAUGGUCUUCAUUGCAGAGUUAUUUUGGUGGUUUGAGAUUGUCAAGCCAGACUUUGUGCAGCCCAGGGACCUACAAGAAGUAAAAGACGCUAAAACAAUGUUGCAGCAGAAGAGCAGCCGUCCACCUGUUCCUAUUUCCAAUGCAACCAAACGAAGUUUCAUGUCUAGUCCAGCUGCUUCCAGUUCAGCCGACAUGCAACCUCCAGCUCAGCUCCCUUUGGAAACUUGCAACAGGUAUUACCUGCAUCCUGAAGAGUUUGAGUAUCUUGGAAAAGGAAGCCCUGCCUUCAGUCCAGCCCAUCCAUUGUUGCCUUUGAGACAGAAGCAACAAAAGUCACUGCAAGGGGAGGACAGUUCAGCCCAGCGGAAUCGUUCCAAUUCAUUGACUAAAGUGGAUGGACAGCCACGGGAGUCAGUUCUUGCAUGGCCAGAGAAGAAACAGAGGCCUCUUUCUCAACCAACACCAUUCGGACUUCAUCAUGCUGCAAGCAGUGAUGCAGAUCCGAGUUCUGGCGAUAGCAUUAGUUUGGCAAGGUCGAUCAGCAAAGACAGCCUGGCUUCAAAUAUUAUCAACAUCACUCCAAAACAGCAGCCUCAGCCUGCACCAGUAAAAACCAGUGGGAAAAGCUUGCUGAACAACGUUGAGAUAGAAGAUGAGGAUGAAGAAUUGAUUGCAAUCAUUCGCCCAGAUGCUACACCAAGCCAUGACAAGCUUGAACUUCAGAGUGUGCCAGCCAGAUCUCCUGGUGCAGUUGCAACUGGGUGGCCUCAGAAAUCACAAGGUGAAGCCUCAGAAAGUAAACCCGAGAGCUUUUUUCUUGAGCCUUUAAUGCCUGCUGUUCUACGACCAGCAAAAGAAAAACAAAUCAUCAAUAAGGAGGAUGAAUGUGGGGAAGGGAAGAUGAGAGGCUUUGGAGCCAAAAGACUGAAUGAGGGGCACAUGGCAUUUGUGCGUAAGAAAACAAAUAAUAAUCAUGGCGACCGCAACCUUAAUCGGACUUUUAAUUUAACAUCUAGUUCUGAAUUAUCAACAACAGCAGGUUCCAGUUUGGCAGAUCCAAUAGUGCAAUCAGAGCUCAGACCAGAAACCUUUCGGCCCCAGGCAAGUAGUAGUUCAGAGCCUUCAUCACGAGACCAGUCCUUUGGAGGAUUCUUCCUUCAUACUGCCAAAACAGAGGAGGAUGUAAUGAGCAGUGCGAAUGUUAGCUGUGUGAAAACUCCUGACUCUUAUACUGGAGACAGCACAUGGACAAUGAUCAGGCAAGACUCUGAUUCAGACAUUUUAGACAUGGAAGAAGCUGAGCAAGAUUUAGUGGCAGAUGAUCACCCGAUAAUUGCCAAGUAUAUAGGAGAAGAGGAAUCGGCAAAGCUGCAAGAAGACAUGAAGGUCAAGGAACAUGAAGAUAAAGACGAUGCUAGUGGACGGUCAAGUCCAUGCCUGAGUACUAUUUCUCAGGUCAGUAGCAUCUCCAUGACCAGUGGAAGUGCCAGGAUGACAAGUUUUGCAGAGCGGAAACUUCAGAGGUUAAAUAGCUAUGAAACAAAGUCCAGUACGAGUAGCUCACAGAAGACCACCCCAGAUGGGUCAGAGUGUUGUCCGGCUCCAUUAACUACAUGGAAACAAAAGAGGGAGCAAAGUCCCAACAGGCAGAGCAAAGACAAUGUUAAUGUGUUGGCUUCUGAACUGGUGCAGCUUCACAUGCAGCUGGAGGAGAAGCGAAGAGCAAUAGAAGCCCAGAAGAAGAAGAUGGAGGCCUUAUCAGCCAGGCAGCGACUAAAGCUGGGCAAAGCGGCAUUUUUGCACGUGGUGAAGAAAGGGAAAGGUGCUGAUGUUUCUCAGUCACUUAAGCCAGAACACUUCACAAAAGAGUACUCGAGGCACAAUGGGGAAGGUUUGGAUGAUACUUCUUUGAGCUCUAAAUCUGAGGCAUUCCUCAUGAGAGAGGAAGCAGGUGAAGACUCACUCGAGUCCCUUGAAGGACCCAAGGUGAGGACUCAAGAAACUGUUGCUUUUGUUGAACAGAAUAAUCCAAAAGAACCCACCCUGCAUGAAAUAGAGAAAAGCAAAAUGAUUUCUGCUGCACUUCUGGAAGAGAACAUUGAAUCCACUGACAUCAAUGAAUGUGACCUCUCCAUUGAAAAGCUAAAUGAAACUAUCAGUACCCUCCAGCAGGCUAUCCUCAAGAUUUCUCAGCAGCAGGAGCUUCUCAUGAAAGCACCCACGAUGCCUUCAUCGAGAGGUGGCCCUCAGGACCAAAAGAUAAAAGCACCUGUUCAUUUUGUGGAACCCCUCUCCCCAACAGGAAUGAGCAAUCUCCGUAAACCACCGCGACUUGGGCAAGGACGGGUUCCCCGCUCGGGAAGACCGUCUGAACUCAAAGUGGCUAAGGACCGUCAGCAAACCACAACACGCAUCAAAACCCCGACUCCCAGUGUUGACACCUUGCCCCACUUAAGACAGUUUCCUUCAAACAACACUACGUCCAAGACGCCAACCGAAACUGCUGUCGAAAAUAAUUUGGACCUAGUUAGCACUCCCCAGGAGAAGCUUUCCGUGGAGAGCUACAGACUCUGUGAUGAGAGCAAUCCGCGGAGCGGAUUUAUUCACUCUACUCCCAAGGACACUAAUAUCCUUUCUGAAACUAUCAAAGAUGUGAAUAGUAAUGUGGAAGACUUUAACUUUACUUCUUUUGAAGGCUCAGGAAAAGAGAAUGUCCUGGCAGAGGAGCCUCUAAGAAGCAAAGGUAGCCUUAUUGAGGUAGACCUGUCUGAUUUAAAAGCUCCUGACGAAGAAAGAGAAGUUGAAAGCCAGGGCAGCUCUGCUGAUUUGAUCAGUGAAAUUGACCAGAAAUCAGGAGUUGGGUUUUUCUUUAAGGAUGAGCAGAAAGCAGAAGACGAACUUGCAAAAAAGCGUGCAGCCUUCCUCUUAAAGCAGCAGCGCAAAGCUGAAGAGACACGGCUUCGAAAACUACAGCUUGAGGCUGAGGUUGAGCAAAAGAGAGAUGAAGCGCGCCGUAAAGCUGAAGAAGACCGAAUCCGGAAGGAGGAAGAGAAAGCCCGGAGAGAGCUCAUCAAACAAGAAUAUUUGAGAAGAAAACAACAGCAGAUCUUGGAAGAGCAAGGCCUUGGGAAGCCCAAAUCCAAACUCAAGAAACCGCGGCCAAAGUCUGUCCAUCGAGAGGAGUCCUAUAGUGACUCCGGAACAAAGUGUUCUACUACUCCGGAUAAUCUCAGCAGUGCACAGUCAGGUUCCAGCCUGUCCUUGGCAUCUGCAGCAACAACUGAGCCUGAAAGUGUUCAUUCUGGUGGCACCCCAUCACAGCGAGUGGAGUCCAUGGAAUCCUUACCCAUACUGAGUAGGAACCCAAGUCGGAACAUGGAGAGAGACUGGGAAAAUACUUCCACAGCAUCUUCAAUUGCUUCAGUGGCAGAAUAUACUGGUCCAAAGCUAUUUAAAGAGCCCAGCAGCAAGUCAAACAAACCAAUUAUCCACAAUGCCAUCUCCCACUGCUGUCUGGCUGGGAAAGUGAAUGAGCCUCACAAGAAUUCCAUAUUGGAGGAGCUUGAGAAGUGUGAUGCCAACCACUACAUCAUUCUGUUCCGUGAUGCUGGCUGCCAGUUCAGAGCACUUUACUGCUACUAUCCUGACACAGAAGAAAUCUACAAACUGACAGGAACGGGGCCAAAGAACAUCACCAAGAAAAUGAUCGACAAGCUUUAUAAGUACAGCUCGGACAGAAAGCAGUUCAACCUGAUCCCCGCCAAAACCAUGUCCGUCAGCGUAGAUGCUCUCACAAUUCAUAACCACUUGUGGCAACCCAAGCGACCUGCAGUGCCAAAGAAGACUCAGACUCGCAAAUGACACUACAUUUCCGUGGGAGACUGUUGUAGGUUUCACCACUGGGGAGAAAUUCCCUCCUUCCUCCCCUACCGCCCCCCAGUCUAGCUUGGUUAUGAAACAAACAGAACCAUAGACCUCUUUCUUUUAAAGAAACGAAAAGAAAGAGCCUUCUUAAACAUGGAUGCAAGGAGAGAAUGAAGGAACGACUUCAGUGUUCUUCUGGGGUUCUUUUGUAUGAAUGAUAAAAUGGCUGUUACACCUGUUGUUAACUACAGAGGCUUUUCACGUGUGGAAAGGUGCAUGUAGCAAGAUCUUAAGCAGUGGAUUUCCUUUUACUUGAAGUUCUUCAUUGGUACAAAUUGGGACGUUUUUCUCCCCUUUUGUUUUGUCUUAUCUCCCAAACCGCCCCCCCGGCAACCAGUUCAGAGUUAGCACAUGCUGCGCUUUGGGAGAACGAUGGGACGAGGCUGUUUAUGUGGCAGGCCUUUGAGGAAUAAUAGCCUUUAGGAAAAACGACCCAUCCUUUUUACAGUUCUGGGGUCUUAAACGUAGAGAACUAUUGGUCCUGUACCUACUGCCAACAUGAAGCCAAGCUCUGACUUCCGGAGGAAAAGAAAACCCAACCCAGGCCUUGCUGCUCAGAACAAAAGUUUACUUAACAGUAUCAAUUCUUUAUAAGCACUGAAAGAUAUAAAACCUGUCUUGUUAAUUUUCUUUUUAAACAACAAAAUGGAGGACUUAUGCAAAUGAUGACGGCCGAUGACCACUCCUGCAAAACAAUCAUGAAGAAGCGAACAGGUGCUACUUAAGCUGGAUAAAACCCCCACUUUGACAUUGAGGCACACCGAAUGGAGGACAGUCGACCCUGACUUUCCGUUUUUCAAGUAGUAUCUGAAUUAUUAUUUUCAUUUGGGGGUCUUUUCAAGAAAAGACAGAUUCUAGUAAUAGUGGGACCUUUUCACUCUGAGCACGCCAACUCCUGUAUAAUGGUGCACUUAUAUGAUCACAGAUUCUAACGCUUUUUAACAAAUCAUGUCCUGGAAAAGUAAUUCCGCUUUGUCCGUGUAUCUCUCUCUCUCUCUCUCUCUCUAUUUAUCUCUUUUUAUUUGUGGCUGGAUGAGCAUGCUCUGAAAUGGAGUGUGUGUUGUUUUUAUUUUUAUUUUUCCCUUUUCUUUAUGGGCAAAGUAUAUACUAAUGCAUAAGACAACAACAACAAACCCGUUUCUGUAUACUAGCCAUUUUUAACCAAAUCUGCAUUUGUUUUGAAGGCACAGAUAACUCAGAUGGCUUUGUUUUCUCCGGGUUUUUCUUUCUUUCUCUCUUCCCAUCUUGAAAUAUUAAAUCUUCAGUUAAGACCUUUCAUGCUGCGUAUUUUUUCCCCUCUUUGAAACAAAGAAGAACCCAUAUACAUCCGGUGGGGUAACAAGGGCGGUUUCGAUUGUGAAUCAUGUGUCUUGUUUCGAAACACACACCCUGGAAAAGUAAGGAAAGGUCUGUAAGAUCCCAGAGGCGUCUUGUCUUGACUCCGCCGCCUGGGAUUUCUUUUGUUAGGGUUAUCGCUUGGUUUGCACACGUUUACUUCUACUUGGAAGUGUUACUUGAAUACGUUUCCUGUAGCGCAAAGGAUGCUCUUGCAACACUAGAUGAGAGGAAAAAGUUGAAGCGCUGAACUGCAAUCCAGUGUAACUAUUUAAUGAGCUUAAAAAUAAUAAUAUUAAUACUAAUAAUUGGACUGAGAGUGAGUUUUGUAUAGAAGGGGUGAGAAAUUAGGGUACUUAACACUAGAGACAAUGAAGGUCUACCUUUGCAGUCUUCUCUCUUCCUUCCCCCCUUCGUCCCAAUACCUUUUUUAAAGAAAUAGGUCAGCUGUAAAUGUUGUUGGAUAACUGACUACCAUGUAUAUAAGGAAAUGGCUUUAUUAUUUCUAAAAGUGCUAAGUAUUAAAACACUGUCAUGAGUGUAAUAUUUUUUUUGUUACAUGCUUUUCAUGCUUUAUUUCUCACUGUUUGAUAUUAUACGACAUAUUUAUUUUAUGAAAGCACUGAAAUUUAAUAAAGAUCAUCAGCUG